AUGGAACUAGGGACGGCUAUAGUUGGACUGGUCGUGGCGGGUGCGCAGAUUAGUGCUGUCUUGAAUCGCUUCAUCUCCAGCUGCACCAACGCUCCAUCGGCUGCUCACAGUAUUUAUCAAGAAGUCGGUGAAUUUCGUAUAGUUCUUCAAAAGUUACAACAUAUUGUGUUUAGUCCAGAACCCCUUGACAACGAGAAGGCUUCAUUAAUCGACACCGGGCCAAUUUCUUUCACCCUCGUUCAUUGUGUGUGUACAUUCGAUGAGCUAGAGAAGGAGUUGAAACGAAUGAAGCUUGACGAAUUCAAUUUGGAGGGAAAGAAGCUGGGCGUUUGGCAUCGCAUGAGAUGGAGUUUGGUGGAGCAAACAAUGUCUGCAAUGAUCUUGCGGAUUCAGAAUCAUAAGAGCACUUUGGGGAUACUUCUCUCCGUAUUGCUUUCCGAAUCCAUCAACGAUGUAAAGGAUCUUAUGCAGGAUCUUCAUACCCUGGUGGCUCAGGGUGUUGUUGCGUUGCCAAAAUCAAGAGAGCCAGACUCGGAUUUGAGAUCUUUAACAUCUCAAGAUACGGCAGAAACCUCUUCGGACAAUUAUGCGAGUUCUAUCAGGACAACGACAGGGUCUUUUAUGCAACGUUCUCAAUAUAUUUUACCAUCCCUACACUCUACGUUAUUCUCCAGUCGGCCGUAUCGGAAUAGGAGUAGUAGUGAGUCGAUUAUAUCCGUCGCGACAUCCAAACGCCGUGGAGGAAGCUGGUCUUUGGAUGCCGGAGACUCUAGGUAUUCCGUUUUCUCUUUGCCGGUCUCCAUCAGCACAACAUCGGGUAUCAGUCUUGCGGAAGCACCGCCCAUUUCACAGAUACACUUAACCUUACCUACGCAAAUCGUCCAUGGCUGCAAUUGGUCCACAAACUUCCAUUCGGACCCUUCCAGGCUAUAUGAAUUACUUACGGCAGAGGAGAAAAAGAUCUGGCUAGUGCCGAGUCCCAAAAGCUUGGACGGAUCCUUACUUUUAAAAGCCGUUUAUAAAGGAUUGACAACAAUUGUAUUUCUAUUGCUAUUAGAUCCCUCAACACCGAAAGAUAGGAGGACCCAAGAUGGAUACACCGCGCUAGAUUUAGCUGCAGAAUAUGGGCAUGUGGAGAUUGUUCAGAGGUUAUUAGAGAAAGGGACGGAUGUGAAUUCCAGAAGUAACAAUGGAUAUAGCGCAUUGCACCGAGCGGUGAAGGGAGGAUCCUUUGGCCUCAUCCAGCUGCUUCUAGAUGCAGGGGCAGAUAUGGAAGCGAUAACACACCCAGAGUAUCAUACACCAUUGCAUCUAGCAGCCAGACACGCUGAUCUUGAUGUUGUUGCUCUAUUGCUAGAUAGAGGUGCCAAUGCCGACGGAAAGGCCGCGGACGGGCUCACACCAUUGCACCUAGCGGCCAGAGAUGGUUUUCUUGAGGUUGUCGGUUUAUUGCUAGAUAGAGGUGCCAAUGUCGACGCAAAGACCGCGCGCAAUCAUACACCAUUGCAUCUGGCGGUCAGACAUGGCCUUCUUGAGGUUGCCGGUCUAUUACUAGAAAAAGGUGCCAAUAUCGAGGUAAAGGCCGCGAAUGAGGACAGGCCAUUGCAUCUGGCGGUUAAACACGGUUGUCCUGAGGUUGUUGGUCUAUUACUGGAUAAUGGUACCAAUAUCGAGGUCAAGGCUGCGAAUGAGGAUAGACCACUGCAUCUGGCGGUCAGACACGGUCAUCUUGAGAUUGUCGGUCUAUUGCUAGACAAAGGCGCCAAUACCGACGUGAAGGCCACUUAUGGGCACACGCCUUUACAUCUAGCAGCCAGAUAUGCUGAUCUUAAGGCUAUCGGUCGAUUGCUAGAUAGCGGUGCUAAUAUCGACGUAAAAGCCGCGGACGGGCACACACCACUGCAUUUAGCGGCCCGAGACGGUUUCCUUGAGGUUGUCAGUCUAUUGCUAGAUAGAGGUGCUAAUAUCGACGCAAAGGCCGCGGACGAGUAUACACCAUUGCAUCUGGUAGUCAAGCACGGUCUUCUUGAGGUUGUCGGUCUAUUGCUAGAUGAAGGUGCCAAUAUCGACGCAAAGGCCGCGAACGGGUACACACCGUUGCAUCUGGCAGCCAAACACGGUCUUCUUGAGAUUGCCCGUCUGUUGUUAGAUGAAGGUGCUGAUAUCCAUGCAACAAGCACAAACGAUGAGACACCAUUGCAUCUGGCAGUCAAACAGGGUAUUUCUGAGGUUGCCCGUCUAUUACUAGAUGAAGGCGCCAAUAUCGAAGCCAAGGCCGCGGACGAGCAUACGCCAUUGCAUCUGGCAGUCAAACACGAUCAAAUUAUAACCACCGGUCUAUUACUAGCUAAAGGUGCUAAUAUCGACGCAGAAACCUCCAACAAAGAAACUCCUUUACACCUAGCACACAAAGUUUCAGUAAAUAUCCUCAAACGUUUGUUACAUGCCCGAGAAAGCCUCGAUGGGAAGAAGAACAAGGAAGAAACUGCGUUGCGUGAGGGUAUCAGCUACCAGGAGGUGGAGAUCACCCGGUCUUUGCUAGGUGAAACUGACGCCAACGUGAGCGCAACGAACACCGCUGGAAACAUGGUAGACACGUUUGGGGUCACCCCAAGAACGAUCCCGUCGAUAUACGAGUCUUUGGAUGACUCGAGUGCCUCUCUUGAGGAGGGGGCCGAUAUUGAGGCAAAGGAUAGUGAUGGUGAGAGCACAUUACAUCAUGCGUACCUCGGGACCCUUGGUGGGAGAUACCCCGUUGACCUUGCCGGAAAAAUGUAA